GGAAUUUAGGAGAUAUUCAGAAUUGUACCGAGUAGGAGAAAUAUACUACGAUCAGAAGUUUUGUGACAACCAACCGAACAAGACGUAUUUUAUUCAAAGUCUGUAAGAACAGAAGUCUUUGUCCUCCCACUUUACUAGAUUGUUCAGUGGCGUACGAGGAUAGAUUUUUUUUAAAGUAAAGUAAAAUUUUCUAAAAGUUUUAAGUUUCGCGAGUGAAAGCGUGCAAUUUCGUGAUUUUCUUGGUGAUUUGGUAGGACCACCAAAUUCACAUUUUUUUUCCAAGGAGACUCGGCCGUUUUUGCGAGGAUUCCACAACCAAUACCAGCAUAAAAUUUCUCAGUGUGAACCGUUUGCCGAAAGUACAUCAGUGACCGGGAACGCAAAAAGGGAAAAAGUGACGGAUUUGACAGUUCGACAACGCGAGUGUGCGUACGGCGAUCAACGAGCUCGACCAUCGAUUUCACCACUACCGACAACCCGAGUAUCGGAGCCAGUCGGUCGGCGAUUGUUUACCGUGGAGUCGAGAAAAAGUGCAUCGAAAAGUGCAUCUGAGGAGGUCAACGAACCGUAUCGAGCGAGUGUGCGGCCGUCGGUUAGCUGAUUGUGUUGUGUGCCGGUGGAGAACGAGUGAUUUUGUGCAUCGGGGUUGUGGAGUUGCUGCUGCUGCCGCAUUGCAUCGAGUGCAUCGUUUAUUUACAACGAGUGGCUGCUGCUGAGAGGAUUUUUAAGAAAAGUGCAUCGGUGGAGAAAAUAUCAAACGGAUUUUGUUGCUGUGUGCUGCUUUGGUGCCGAUUUUGGAUUUUUUGGUGUGCAACCGCAUUUGGUGUGCAUUUUUUGGAUCGUCUGGUGCUUUGUUGAAACAGGAUGACUUUGACAUCGAUUGCUGAUCCUUUCGUCCCUUACUCUAUGCCAUUCAGCCAGUACCAAGAACAGCUGGAAUGGAUUUUCAAGCACAACGAAUUUCCGGAAGAGCGUUAUAAAACGUCAUUCCUGGCAGUCUGUGGAAAGGAAAUUUUCACAGAACUGAAAAGACUGUUUCCAGGAAAGAAUUUUAAUGAUCUAACGUACAAACAAAUGACUGAUGAACUGAAAAAGCGUUACGAUAAGAAUGAUUCAGCUGUUGUGCAUAGUUAUAAAUUUUGGACUAAAAGGCAAGGUAGGAAUGAGUCACUGGAGGAUUUUGUGAUUACAGUCAAGAAUUUGGCUGAAAGAUGCGAUUUUGGAGAGUUUAAGGAUAGGGCGAUUCGUGACAUGCUUGUCAUUGGCGUGAACGACACUCAAUUACAGAAACGGUUGUGCGAUGAAGAAGAUUUGUCUGCAGCCAAAGCAGAGCGGUUGAUUCUUAAUUCAGAGAUAUCAGCCAGUAGGACGAAACAAUUAAACCACGACGAUGACAGGCGCGUUAGCGUAGUGGCCAGAUUGGGUAACCGAUCUGACGUUUCGCGGUCCAGAAACCGAUUCCGGGGCCGCAGCCGCAGUUUUGAUAGAAACCGAUCUUUUUCGUCUAGGAGUAGAAGCAACGGUAGACAAGACAGUAGAUACCAAAGCAAAAGAGGCGCAAGCUCAGGUAAACCUGUUUACCUUUGUUCCUUUUGUAGAAAAACCGGACAUACAAGAAAAUUUUGUUAUCGUUUGCAUGGAAAAAGCCCGAGUAAGAGUAAAGCCAGUGUAAAAUUCAUAGAUUCUCCAAAACCAUCUUCCAGUUCCAAAAACUCAGGACUAUUUAAGCGACUGAAGAAAGAUUCAGACAAUGAUUCAGACUAUUCUGAUGGCAUGCCUUGCCUCAUGAUCUCGUCAGUCAACAAAAUCAGUGAUCCCUGCUAUGUGGAGGUUUUAAUCAACAGAAAGCGUUUAACCAUGGAGAUCGAUUGUGGGUCAGCGGAGAGCGUAAUUUCAGAGGAGCUGUAUUUGAGAAAUUUUGCGAGCUGUGAACUGCAGCGUUGCAACAAGAAACUUGUUGUAAUUGACGGUAACAAACUGAAGGUUGUUGGAAAAAUUUGCGUUGAUGUACAGCUCGCUGGAAACCGGAAACAACUGACCAUGGUUGUUUUACGCUGCAAUAACGAUUUCAUCCCGCUGGUUGGCCGAACAUGGUUGGACGAAUUCUAUUCCGGAUGGCGAAACACUUUUACCAACCCUCCUUUGACAGUCGGGAACAUUGACGUGGCUGACGAGCAAACAGUUAUUGAUGAAGUAAAGAGUAAGUUUCCGACGAUUUUUACCAAAGAUUUUACCAGUCCAAUAGUUGGCUAUAAGGGAGAUUUAAUCUUGAAGGAGGACACACCCAUUUUCAAAAAGGCCUAUGAAGUUCCAUUGCGUUUAAGAAAACAAGUUGUUGAUUAUUUGGAAGAUUUGGAAAAACAAGGAGUUAUCACGCCAGUUGAAGCCAGUGAAUGGGCUUCGCCGGUAAUUGCCAUUAUUAAAAAGGAUAAAAGUAUUCGUUUAGUGAUAGACUGCAAGGUUUCUAUCAAUAAGGUUUUGCUUCCAAAUACGUAUCCUUUGCCUGUUGCUCAGGAUCUGUUUGCUACACUUUCGGGCUCGACAAUUUUUUGCUCUUUAGACUUGGAGGGUGCUUAUACCCAGCUGCUUUUGACCAAUCGUUCAAAGAAGUUCAUGGUAAUCAAUACCAUCAAGGGCCUCUACACCUACAACAGACUCCCUCAAGGGGCUUCGUCUAGUGCAGCGAUUUUCCAAAAGGUAAUGGACCAAGUACUUUGUGGUUUGGAGAACGUUACGGUUUAUUUAGAUGAUGUGCUGAUUGCGGGAAAGGAUUUUGAAGACUGCAGAAAGAAACUUUUUUUGGUUUUGGAAAGACUAGCCAAAGCCAACAUAAAGGUAAAUUUGAAGAAAUGCAAAUUUUUUGUAUCGCAGUUACCUUAUUUGGGGCAUGUUUUAACGGACAAGGGUUUGCUGCCCUGCCCUGAUAAAGUGAAAACUAUCCGCGAAGCGAAAGCUCCACGGAACGUUUCGGAACUAAAGGCAUUUCUAGGACUUGUAACUUACUAUUCUAAGUUCAUUCCUAAUUUGUCCACUCGCAUCAGCUGCCUUUACAAUCUUUUGAAGAAAAACGUGACGUAUUGUUGGACUGACAACUGUGAAACAGCAUUUAAUGAUUGUAAAGGAUUUCUUUUAAACCCAAACCUUUUGGAGUAUUUUGACCCGUAUAAGCCAGUUGUCGUAGUAACGGACGCCUGUAGCUAUGGUUUAGGCGGUGUAAUUGCACAUUUGGUUGAAGACGAGGAAAAACCAAUAAGCUUCACCUCAUUUUCUUUGAACAGCGCCCAGAAGAAUUACCCUAUUUUGCAUUUAGAGGCUUUAGCAGUUGUGAGCACCGUGAAGAAAUUUCAUAAAUUUCUUUACGGGAUGCAUUUUACCAUUUAUACCGACCACAAGCCUCUCAUCGGUAUUUUUGGCAAGGAGGGUAAGAAUUCUAUUUUAGUGACGCGUUUGCAAAGGUACGUUAUGGAACUCUCCAUCUACAAUUACGAUAUUGUAUAUCGGCCUUCAUCUCGGAUGGGUAAUGCCGAUUUUUGUAGUCGUUUUCCUUUAUCCGAUGAGGUUCCCAAGGUUUUGGCUCGGGAAUACGUUAAAAAUUUGAAUUUUUCCGACGAGUUUCCUAUUGACUACAAGGAAGUGGCCAAGGAGACCUUGAACGACGAGUUCCUACAAACAAUUUUAACAUACCUGAAGCAGGGAUGGCCUCAGCGGUUAGAAAGGCGUUUUGUGGACGUGUACUCUCACUACCAGGAGCUUGAAGAGGUCGAAGGAUGCGUUUUGUUCCAGGAUCGCGUGGUAAUCCCUGAGAGCAUGAAGAGAAGGGUACUGAAAAUGCUUCACAUGAACCACUCAGGAAUCAGCAAAAUAAAACAACUAGCGCGGAGGACAGUCUACUGGUUCGGACUUAACAAGGACGUGGAGGACUACGUGAAGACCUGUGGAAUAUGCCACCAGAUGACAGCGAUCAACAAAAAGCCUCCAUACUCCAAGUGGAUCCCGACGACAAAACCCUUCAGCAGGAUUCAUGCUGACUUUUUUCACUUUGAUCGAAAGGUUUUUCUUGUUGUCGUUGACAGCUUUACCAAGUGGAUCGAAUUAGAGUACAUGCGACACGGAACGGACUGCAAAUAGGUUUUGAAGGUUCUUUUGGGGAUUUUUGCUAGGUACGGAUUACCGGACGUGAUAGUUACGGAUGGAGGACCACCAUUCAACUCCGACCAUUUUGUAACCUUUUUGAGAAAUCAGGGGAUUUUGGUCAUGAAAAGUCCGCCAUACCAUCCCGAAAGCAAUGGACAAGCAGAAAGAACAGUACGAUUGGUAAAAGACGUUUUGAAAAAGUUCCUGCUUGACCCGGAGAUUAGAGGUUUAGAUGUUGAUGAACAAAUUGCAUACUUUUUAUCCAACUAUCGCAACAUUUGCUUGGACAACAAAGGCCAAUUUCCUUCCGAAAGAUUACUCUCCUAUAAGCCAAAAACUUUAAUGGACUUAAUCAAUCCUAAACAUAGUUUUAAAACACACUUGAC